GAGAGAGAGAGAGAGAGAGAGAGAGAGAGAGAGAGAGAGAGAGAGAGAUGCUGUGUCUUCAGGACUCAAGCAGCUGCCUCCGGGAGCAGAUGCGCUACAUGAUGCGAUCUCUUCAGGACCUGAAGCAUCUCCGACGAACCUGCACUGCAGCGCCCCCUGCUGUCCUGGCGGCACCCCGCCCACGUGCCUGCAAGUUGCUGAUCGCUCAGCGAGAGCGCAGGGCGCGGCUCAGGAGCAGCAACUCCAGUGAGGCCAGCAGCUACGACUCUGCCUGCUGCCUCACCAGCCCCAUAGAGGAUGAGAGUGGACGUCCAAGUAUCAGCUCGCCCAGCAGCGAGCGGAGCCUGGAGCUGGACUCGGGCUACUCUGAAAAUUCGUGGCAGGAUGAGGCAGUUGUGCUUCGUCGCACCAGAAACGUCCGGGUCUCUUCAUCGGCUUGUCUGCGCACCAACCAGGUGGAAAGCGUCCGGACCCGUCCCAAAUCCACGUCGGACGCCUGCUUGGAGAGGUGGACGUCUUUCGAAGCCUCAAAUGAGGCGGACGACUGGACGACGGCUCUGCUAACACGAGGGCGCAACAGGCAGCCGCUGGUACUGGGAGACAACAGCUUUGCUGACCUCGUCCAGAAUUGGAUGGACUUGCCAGACGUGCCAGAGCGCCCAGCCGAAGCAAAGGAACCAAAGCCCAACGUGGGGCGACGCCUGGCCAAGGACUUUCUGGUCAACGUGAGGCGGAGAAUAGCCGGGAUUUCGCAAAGCAAGAAGCCGUCAGACACUUCUAAGCUGAACAAGCGGCUUUCUUGUCAGAUAGACGUUCCGCGGAAGGUUCCUUUCUUUCAUAAGUCUCACAUUGGCCUCCAUGAACUGGACACAGACUUUUACCGCUUCACUGCUCUCAUGAAGACGGGCAGCCGGCAGCCCAUCAUCUGUAACGAUAUAAUUGGGUACAUAUGAGGCCGAACCAACUCUUCUGACUGAAUGGACUCUUGAAAAGACACUUAUAUACAUGCAUAUAUGUAUAUACAUAUGUAAAAACACGUACACAAACCUGUUGUUUAAAUAAUGCAAUGUAUUUUUGUCAAGCUUAUAUUAACAGCAAUACACUAAUACAAUAAAAGCUUUCCAAAGAUUUCAAAUGUA